AUGGUGACAUCUAAAAAGUACCACGAAGCCAUCAUCGGUGCCGGUAUGCUAGAGGAGAAUCUGAAAAAGGAGGAGUUAGUGGUUGUUUAUGACCAGAUAUUUGACAUUUACCUCGAGUAUAGGGCAGAGUUGGUGGACGCAAUGGCAAAAUCAACACCAGUCAGUGGGGCGUCUUCAAGUGGGGGUACUCUACCAUCAACAGGGCAAACGUCAUCGGGGAUCCGACUUCCACGCAUCGAUCUGCCAAAAUUUGACGGGUCGUAUGUUACGUGGCGUGGUUUCCAUGAUCGAUUUCUAGCUCUCGUUCAUAAUAACAAGGCUUUAGAUGAGAUCGAUAAACUGCAUUUUUUGCAGUCCUGCUUAAUUGGAGAAACCAAUCGGUUUCUGCAGAACAUAUCGGUGGAAGCAGCUAAUUACCAGAAGGCGUGGGAGCUUUUAGAGGAGCGUUAUGACCACAAGCGCAUUUUGGUGCAUAUUCAAAUGCAAAAUUUGUUUGGUCAACCUUCUCAAACUCGAGAAACUGCUUCUGGUCUGCAAGAACUUUUGUACACCACAAGAGAAUGCUACCUCGCUCUUGAGAAUAUGGACGUGCCGGUGUCUACCUGGGACACAGUCUUGAUUUGGUUCAUUGUCCAGAAACUCCCCAGCACAACUCAAAAACUGUGGGAAGAGAAGUUAGGAAAUCGAAAAGAGAUGCCAAAAUUUAAAGAACUUACCGAGUUUUUGGAGACACGUUUCCGGACUCUUGAGGUUGUGGGCCAACAGGAACUUGGUGCAGCAGGCAGAAACAAGAACGAGCAAACCAUCAACAGCAAGCCGCGUUUCCAGCCUGCGAAAUCGCCAAGACAGUACCGAAGACGAACACUGUGGAGCAGUUGGUAUGCAAGCUAUGCAACCAGGAGAAGCACUCGUUGA